AUGGAACUGACUAUUACUAAGGACAUAGGAAACGACCAAGUUAUUGGAGGUGACCAAGUUGUUUCUGUUAAGCAGCAAGAACAAGAAGAUUUGUUGUCUGAAGACUUGGUACCUUCUUCUGCUCUAUCUUCAGCGUCAAACUUGUCGUCCUCCAUAGAAGGCGAAGAGGCUACACUGGACUCGAUGCUGGGUCAAAUAGAGAUGCAGUUUUCCCGAGAUAAUGUUCCAUAUUUGGUUGAGGAACUAUAUCAAGAGUUGAACAAUGCUUAUGACGGUCAAUCAGAUAGAGCCAUGUUAUCCACUGAGACUGUUGCUCCAUCUGGUCUGGAGAGAGGUACGUUUCUUGCCAUUGAUUUGGGAGGUUCCACGUUGAAAGUAUGCGUCAUUAGCUUACUUGGAGAAUCCAAAUAUAGGAUCUUGGCACGCAAGACGUGGGAGAUCUCUAACGACAGGAAAGUAAUAAAUCUCGAUUUCUUCCGGAUGAUGUGCGACUGUGUUGAGGAGGUGUUGAAGAUGGGUCGGUUUUUUGACGACCAAGAAAUCAUAUCCACAGGAAUUUCAUGGAGUUUCCCCUUCACCCAGACCUCCCCGAACAACGGCUACAUCUACGUUGUAAGUAAGGGCUAUUCGUUGGAUAGUGAUACCAAGGGAAAGAACUUGGCGGAUCUUUUUUCGAACGCAAUGCUGCAGGAGAAGGGCAUCACCGUGCGGGUUCACGCUGUUGUCAACGAUGCGGUCUCGGUAUAUCUUUCGGGUUCGUAUGCUCAUUCUUGUUGCCUUGGAUUGGUUCUUGGAACUGGAACUAAUGCAUCUUUUGUUGUUGGCAACCGUGUUGUGAACAGCGAGCUCUCAUUCUUUGGCUCGUGUUUUGCAUCCAUUCUAGCCAAGAAUUCGAUCGAUAGAGGAGUAUGUUCGCACUAUGCAGAUAUUCCUUUGGACAAUUAUAUGCGUACUAAAUAUGGUGUUUACCAGCCCUUGGAGUACAUCUGUGGAGGUAGAUAUCUCGGUGAGACCUUCCGUUUGGGAGUCGUCCAAGGUGCUUCCUCUGGGGAAUUGUUUGAAGAUCAAUUUGUUGAGCUUUCUCAGUGUUCGGCAUUUACUACGCCGUAUCAUCUUCAAACAGACGUGGUGUCGAAGAUCUCUGAAUGCUCAUACAUCGAGGCGAAGGCAUUGUUUGAUGAAAGGUUUGCUCUUGAGCUUUCUGUUGAGGAUCACGUGAAAAUUAAGCGCCUCGUCGAUGUUCUUACAGACCGUGCAGCUACAGUAAUGGCCUCGAUGUUAAUGGCCUGUGCAAAAUUUGUUAACGAUCAUUUUAAAGGAGAAGUUAGAGAAGAUAAGAUUCGCAUAGACUUUGUGGGCUCUCUUCUUCAGUAUUAUACAGAGUAUAGGAAAAGUGUUGAGGUAGUUCUUGACAGGUUCCAUGAACAGCUUGGACUGCCUGCAUUUGAACUAAUACAUAUUGAUGAUUCGAGUAUCUUAGGUGCGGCGGUUUCUGCUGCUGCGUUUAAGCACCUGCUUUCCUGA